AUGGCCCACUUGUCCUUCUCCUGCCAGGACGGACGGGUGCAAGCGAGCCAAGAGGCUAACCCUGGCGCUCCUGGACAGGCGGCAGACAGCUUGUCUCAGAGUAGCAUUCGGAAAUAUGUGCGUGCCUGCUGGGUUGGCAAACGACUGACUGGGCAUGUGCGAAAAACCCGAUUCCAGAAAGCGCGUUCCUUCAUCGUGUACGAGGUCGCCAUCUGGCUUCGUGAGCCCUCUUCCUCGCAAAGCGCUAUUUGCACCGAUGAUGCCAUCUGCUUUGGCAAGUGUCAGCUGCCGGAUAUUCUUGGAAGUGUAAAUCGCAUGUCGUUGCGUGUCCGAGAAGAAGAUGUCGAGCGGGCGAAGGCUAUAUAA